UCUUUGUAAAGUAGUUAGGGAUAGGGACUUGGCGAGCAAAAGUAGCAAGUUAAAGCAACAAGCAGGAGCCACAGUAAGAACUUAGAAGAAUAAAAUAUUUUCUGCUUCAGAAGUUUACGUAUCCUAAGUUACGGCAUAGGUAAUAUUCAUUAUCGUUCGUGUCCAGUUUCCAAAAUCCAACUAACGUGUUCAGGAGUUCUACAAGAGUUUAAAACACUAAUAUUUUAUUUCGUACCUUAAGACAAAUAAGCAAGUUAUUAUCUUAAAUAACUCUAGAAUUGAACAUUGGACGAGGCAAUAAUUAAACAGAGCAGAUACGACAAAGCCGCUGAUCGAACGUGUCUACAUAAAAUGGAUAUAGACAAAGAUUUUUUAUCUUAUUGCCGGCUUUGUUUAGAUAUUGAAUCCAAACACAUUUCAAUAUUCACCGAUUCAUCGGUAAGCACGCACGUUAGAUCUUGUCUAGACAUAAAUAUAAGCGUAGACGAUAAUUUACCAAAAGAUAUUUGCGAAACAUGCGUAUCGCAAUUAAAUAGUUUUUACAAUUUUCAACUAAACGCCCGAUGCUCACAGGAUUGGUUAGAAUCAAUAUUACAAGAGAAACAAAAGGCAGCCGAAACAAAAACCUUUGUGCAACCCCUGCCUGACUCUGAAUACAAUUCUGAUUCUUUGCUAGAGUUUCUUAAUAAUACUGAAAAUAUCGAGGAAUAUCUUAAUAACUUGGGGAAGGAGGACAUACCAGUGAUAGUUAAUAUGUUGGAUAGAACCGAAGGGAAUACUACAUCAAUAAGUAAAAAUCAGUUCAGCCCGAAAAAAAGCUCAAAAACAAUAGAUAAUAUGGACAUAGAUGUUCUUGAUUCAGAGAAAGAAGUAGUUAAAGAAAUAUUAAUGAAGGACUCUGAAAAAAAUAAAUCCGAACAAUCUCACUUAUGUUUUGCAUGUCAAACAGUAACAAAUAAUAUACAAGAAUUGUCCAAACACUUAAGUAUAUGUGACAGUGCAAGUAGAACUUGUGUUCUGUGUAAAACUUUGUUUGAUUCAAAACAAAAAAUGCUCCAGCACAUACUGACACAUAAUAUAACUGCACCAAUGACAUGUACUUGUGGUAAACUAUUUGAAACAAAGGAGGCUUUAAUAUCUCAUAUAAAAUACUGCAAUAUAGAUCAUAUAGCAGCUAUGGGUUUUGUGUAUCGAUGCAAGAAAUGUGGAGUGACAUAUCCGGAAAGGUUCCAGUUAUACAGGCAUGUCAAAAAGCACAUUUUACAGGAGGAGGAACGGAUGUGUGAUAUUUGUGGGCAUAUUCUUAAUGGCACUGAUGCUUUACUGAAUCACCAUAAGGUACAACAUGGAAAAUCAAAUAAUAUUUUAUAUAAAUGCAAGAAAUGCACUAAUUUCACAACAUUGAACCGCAAGGAAAUGUACAGACAUAUCCAAACUCAACACACAGACAAGGAUACAAGACAUUUGUGUGAUACAUGUGGGCGGUGCUUCUCAUCACAAGUUACAUUACACAGACAUUUAACUACUCACAAUCAAAAUAAUAUGUGUACCGUGAAAGGGAUGGAGAACAUUAACAGAUUUCAUAAAGAAUUUGCUAUGUGCGAUAGAUGUGGAACAACAGUGAAUACUGUUGAAUUACCAAAUCAUACCUGCUGCUGAUUGUUACUAAGGGUUGGUCUUCGCUGUGUUCCAACUAGAUACCGCAAGGGUAGUCCAAGUGGGCGUACCCGAGCUAGUCUCGAACAAUGUGAAAAUUUGAAAGGUGCCAUUGAGUGUCAAGAUGCCACGCACACAAGCAUUUAAUAGUUGCCGUAAUAAAAUAGCUAUUGUUCUUAGAUAGUGUGCUGUCUUGUUGGAGCGCAGCAGAGACCAAUCCUUAAUCUAAGAUUCAACCCAUAAUAAUUGUUCUGUAUUUGUAAGUGUUGACAGCCAGAUAUUAAAAGUUUUUCAAGAAA